GCCGAUAAACCCCACCGAAGAAGACUGAAUACUGCUUCGUGAUUUCAACGCAUACCUCGGAGCUCCGGUAUCAAAUCCUGAACUGCAGCCCGGAGUUUCAGGAUAAGACGGUGAACGUGCAGUGUUGAUUUCGGACAACACGUUUCUGAUCAAAACAGUCAUGGAGAUGUUACUGUGGGUGUUAGGGGUGUUGCUGCUGCUGUUCUCCAGUCUGGAUGUGUGGUACUUCGUGCGUGCGGCGGUCACGGUGGUCAGGGCCUGGUUCCAGAAGCCGGUGUGGGACGUCCUGGGGGAACAGAGUGUGUCGGGACGCGUCCUGCUUCACGAUAUCGACCUGGGACACAUGAACAAUGCCAGAUACCUCCGGGAGUGUGACUUCGCCAGGUUCUCCCUGUACAGUCGUAACGGGGUGUUUAAAGCCUGCAGAGCCCUGAGGGCCACCAUGGUGGUGGGGGCCACUACUAUCCGCCUGCGCCGGGCCCUGUGCCUGGGGGAAGCAUUUGAGCUGCGCACCAGAAUCGUGGUCUGGGACGAGAAGGCCUUUUACCUAGAGCAGCGUUUCGUCUCCUGCAGGGACGGUCUGGUGGCAGCUGUCAUGUUGUGUAAACAGAACGUCAUGCGCAGCAGUCCUGACAAGAUCCUACAGUUCCUCUGCAAGAGAAAAGUGGAGUGUCCCGACUACCCUGAGGAUCUGCAGCACUGGAUCAGCUUCAUCUCAGCCAGCAGCCAGGCCCUGAGAGCCCAGAGUGGACUAGAGGACAAGACUGGAGCGCAGGAAGACAAAGACAAGUGAUUGAGUGCUGUGCUGUUGUCGACGAUAUGGGAGCAUGAAGGCUCUCUCUGACAGAUCUGUGGUGUAUUCAUUAGUGUCGACUGUAGGAAAACGUUUCUCAUUUGAAAUUAAGAGUUAAUAUUAGAUUAAUGUAGGUAGGUUUGUUCCGUUUGGUUCCUAGUGAAUACACCCAAGCUUCAGACUGCUGGACGCGCUAUCUCAUCCACUCUGACCUCCUGCUGACUAAGGCUGCGUUUACACAGGUAGCCCAAUUCUGAUAUUUUUUGCCACUAAUUGGUUUUUUGACCAAUCAUAUAUUUUCACAUCAGAAAUUUUUCGGAGCUGAUCAGAUUUGGGCUGCCUGUGUAAACACAGCCCAUGAUACUUCACUUCACUGGUGCCUUCUCUCUUCUAGGCUCAGUCCCAAAUGGACCAUACGCCAUAUGCACUUGUGGAGAUCUGAGAGGAUUUGAUUGGUAUAAGCGAUACGGUGAAACUUCUACCGAGCCUAUCAAAGUGGAAGUUGGAUCCAUUUCCAUAUCGAUUGCAUCUGACCAAUCAUCUCACAUCUGUACUAGGGCGUGUAGGGUCCGUUGUGGGACUGGACCUAGAGUCAAAUAGGACAGACCUGUCUAUCGACCCUCUGCUGUAUCCUGGGUACUCCUUGUGGAGGGUGGCAUGCACAACGGUCUGUUACUACUGACCAUUCCAUAUAGGAAUUGGAACAUAGGAAUCUAUAGGAAAGAGGUCAAAUGAAUUCAUCUAUAUUUUCUAUGUUGUAAAAUAAAAAUCAAUUGAUUUGA